CUCCCAGUUCAAGCUUUCGAAACAACAUAAACAAGUUUCGAGCAUCGGUUCAGUCUCGGGAAACUAGAGAGAUGUUUUUCCACAUCGUACUGGAGCGAAACAUGCAACUCCACCCCCGCCACUUCGGCCGAGAUCUCCGGGAUAAACUUGUCGCGAAGCUCAUGAGAGAUGUCGAGGGCACUUGCAGUGGCCGGCACGGUUUCGUGGUCGCGAUCACCGGAGUCGAGAGCGUAGGCAAAGGCCUGAUUCGCGAUGGCACUGGUUUCGUCUCCUUCCCGGUGAAGUAUCAGUGCGUUGUGUUUCGACCCUUUAAAGGGGAGAUUCUUGAAGCUGUUGUUACCAUGGUUAACAAGAUGGGCUUCUUCGCAGAAGCCGGUCCUGUACAGAUAUUCGUCUCAAAUCAUUUAAUACCUGACGACAUGGAGUUUCAAUCUGGGGACGUCCCAAAUUACACAACCUCAGAUGCAUCUGUUAAAAUUCAGAAAGAGAGCGAAGUUCGAUUGAAGAUUAUUGGAACUCGAGUCGAUGCUACAGAAAUUUUCUGUAUUGGCACAAUAAAGGAUGAUUUCUUGGGUGUCAUUAGUGAUCCAACUGUAGCUCCUUGAUUUCCUCCCUCUUCAUCCGGAGGAAAAGAGAGGUUUCCAUUAACAGUCCAAGGCCUUCCACAAGUGGAAGAUGGUGUUUGUUUCAUAAUUUUUGUUAGCAAUCUUAGCAGCAUGACCAUCUCUAGAUCUCUUCUAUUACUCUAUGUCAUAUUUUAUUGAUGGUCUUGGCCACUGCCCACUGGUAGUAACUUGUAUUUCCCUGCUGCCUUGGUUGUUUGGAAUUACUUGAAGCACUGUCGAUUCAAGUGUUGACUGUGGGUAGAACUACCUUUAAAAGUGUUAUAUUUAAAGUGUUAUAUUUAAAAUUUGAACUAAAUGCUCGAGUUGAAGACUUGGAGUAAAUAUGUAUUGGGUAGACAAGAAUGAGCAUAAUUAUCUUGUUUAUGUAUCUGAUGUAAUGUUUUUUUUUCAAACAUUGCGUGAAUGAUAGUCUUAAUAGUAACCGACUAUCACAGUAUCACACGAUGAAUAUGUCAUUGUGUAUAACUUGUUUGAUCUCAUUUGUUUUAAAGAUUGUUAAUUUGUUACAGGGUACAUACGUACUAUGACUUUGAG